AUGUCGCGACACAACGCGCGAGCCCGAAAUGGCCUGAAGUUACCCUUUGCGCUUGAAAAGGAACUCGGGCUAGAGUACAGGUCGCAACCAAGCGCUAGAGGUGGGCGGCGACAGCAGCAAAAUGGCUCGGUGCAGAGCAGAAAAGAGCAGCGCAAGGUGCAAAGACUGGAGAAGAGACAGAAUAGCAGGGGUAGAAGAUCCCAAACGGGACCGCUGGUGACAGAAAACGGGCUCCCAGAUGAAGACUCGGACGCAGAUGAAGUCGACGAACCCAACCUCGUGCACGUUGUGUCGAAAAGAGACGCCGUGAAAUCAAAGGUUCCGCAAAAUGACCCGAAGAAGCUAAAAUCAAUCCUCAAAAAGCAAAGAAUCCCAUCUCCAUCGUUGUCUGAAACCUCUCUUCCCCCACGAUCACGGUCCUCCUCUCCCGGUCUCGUUCUCGACGCCAAUUCCCAAGCCUUCAGAGAGCGGGCCGCACAGGAUGAUGCUGAGAUUGCAGCACUUGAGAGAAAACUAGGCUUGAAGAAGAGGAAAACGCCGAAGUCUUUUGCCGACGAUGGGUUGGACGAGUUACUCGAGGGGCUGGACGCAGAGGAUGGGGGUGUCAAGAGGAAGAGCGAAAGCGAGACGUGGUUGGAGAGGAAGAGAAGGAAACCUGAUACUGAGGACAGUGAGCUUACUGAGGACGAUUUUGACCUUGAAGACGAGAGCGAGGAUGACGAGCUUGAUGAAUUCGAGGCUGAUCAAGGAGACAGUGGUGAUCUGUCGGACGAGGACCUGGGAGAGGAGUCCGACAAGGAUGAGUCCGAAGACGCUUCGGGGCGAGCAAGUGAGGGCUCGUUUGAAGGCUUCGAGUCAGAUGAAGAGAUGCCCGACAUCCAACCCAAAAAGGCUCGAGAGAAUCCUUACGUCGCCCCAGUCCCCCAAACAGCCACAGGGAAAUACAUUCCGCCAUCAUUGAGAAAAGCACAAAACUCCGAAGGUCCUUCACUGGAAAGACUGAAAAGGCAACUUCAAGGCCACCUAAACAAGUUAUCAGAAGCGAACCUCGUCUCAAUACUAGGAGAGGUCGAGAAGCUCUACCAGUCUAACCCUAGGCAGGACGUUACAAUCGCCCUGAUCGACCUUCUUUUGACCUUGUUCUGUAACAAAUCAACUCUCUCAAACACCUUUGUUAUCCUUCACGCGGCAUUCGCCACCGCAGUAUACAAGGUUGUUGGCGUGGAUUUUGGUGCGGAGCUCCUUUCUCAGUUGAUCGAGCGACUUGAUCAAUAUCGCAGCGAUACUGCUACUGGCAAAGAGGCACUCAACCUGAUAAGUCUUCUCAGUCACCUCUUCACAUUCCGUCUCAUUAGCAGCACCAUCAUCUUCGACUACGUACGAUUAUUGCUCGAGCGACUAAGCGAGAACAACACGGAGUUGUUGCUGCGUCUAGUCCGGGACUGUGGCCAGCAAUUAAGGCAAGAUGAUCCAUCCUCGCUCAAAGAUAUCGUUCAAAUCAUGCAAAAGGAGGCCGCCCGAAUGAAUUCGGCAGGAGAACAGAUGAGCGUACGGACGAAAUUCAUGAUCGAAACGAUUACGGAUUUGAAGAACAACAAGAUGAAAGCUGCGGCGAAUAAUGCAGGCGUAGCAAGUGAGCACAUCACACUGAUGCGGAAGGUGCUUGGUUCGUUGAAUAACAGCCGCACGGUGAGGGCAUCCGAGCCGUUGCGAAUCACGAGGGAUGAUAUCAAGAACAGCGACAAGAAGGGGAAAUGGUGGUUAGUGGGAGCCAGCUGGAAAGGUCAUGAGCCUACAGAAGCACCAGCUGAAGGACGAAGUGACGACUCGAUCGCGAUGAAUAGUGUUGGACUUGAUGACGAUGAUUCAGUCGAUCUCCUCGCCCUAUCACGCCAUUACGGUAUGAACACCGACAUUCGGCGCUCCAUCUUUGUCGCCCUUCUCUCGGCAGUGGACUACCAAGAUGCGCAUCUACGCCUCCUCAAACUGCGUCUCAAGCGCACCCAAGAGCAGGAGAUCCCCAAAGUCCUGCUUCGCUGCAGCGCCGGUGAAAAUCCAUACAACCACUAUUACACCCUCGUGGCGAGGAAGUUGUGCCUGGACAAGAAGAUGCGCAAGGCCUUUCAGUUUGCACUAUGGGAUUUCUUCAGGAGGAUGGGCGAGAAGCCGCCUCGGGAAGACGAUGAAGAAGAAGAUAUGGGAGAAGACGAUCAAGAAGUGGGACUCACCGAGAUCGCCAACGUCGCGCGGCUAUAUGCUUGUCUGAUCAUGGAUGGAGCCGAAACACUGGGCGUAUUGAAAGUGCUGGAGCUCGCCUACAUCAAGGAACGGACAACCAUGUUUGUAGAACUCUUGCUCAUCAUUAUCAUGACCGAGGCGAAAGACAAACCGGACGCGUUGACCAAAGUGUUUGAGCGCGCAGCUGAGACGCCUCAGAUCAUCAAGAGGUUGCAGUUCUUCAUCAAGAAAAAUGUGCGGACUUCAGAUCUGGUCGGAAAGAAGGAAAGAGACAUCGUCAAACGAGGCUGCCAAACUGCUCUCGAGACACUGAGAAGACUCGAGGUAAUGGACGAUGAGGCUGAUGUGUGA